GUGUCUUUUCUUUGCACCUUGGUAACAGAUCUGUUAUUUACAAACUCCCAGCUGCACAUGCGCACAUUACGGGGCCACCUGCUGGAGUCAUAAUGCCUACAAAGACUGUUACAUCACAAGACGUUAAGGUGCCACCAGUCUUGUGGCACGAAGAUAAUGGCAGGAGGCCACGGGAUGACCCACGGGCAAAUCCCCCCGGUGCCAUUUCAGGAAGGCAGCUUGGAGCAGCAGCUCAUCGCCUUCUUGUUAACAGCCUACAAUUAAGGACUGUUCGUGAUGCUCCGGAUCCAAUACACGCACCGCCUUAUACUGGUGGUGUGCUUGCUUCUUCUCCAUACCCAAAUGGAGCAACAAUUGUUAUGUACAACCCAAGGACCUCACAAACACAGUACCAUGACCACUACACAACGCACCAUUACACAAAUCCCAACCCUAGGAACUAUGGUUAUGGCCACGCUGAAGCUUCACCAUUGGGUGAUAUGUAUAAUAGAAACCAGCAACAUAACCACCACACCUCGCAUCACAGGCAAUCUCAGUGGAAUGGUAGCACCAACAGUUAUUUCAGUGCAAGAGAUAAUGGUGUGGGCAGGGGUACCAAUUACCAUCAUGUCCAUUCAUCCUAUGCUCAUUCAGGUGACUAUUAUGGAUCGUAUGACCAAGGGAAUAUGGUGGGGCAAUACAGUGGUCAUGGUGUGGGAGGCCAGUGGGGUAGGGGUCGAGGGAGAGGAGGGUAUACAGACCCUCGAGGGCCACCUAACAGGUAUUCGGCUUUGGAUAGGGGGCAAAGACCGCCCCAUGGAUAUGGCCGCCCUUAAGGUCUUGUAUUGUGCUGAUUUUUUUUUUUUUGUUGUUUUUUUGUUGUUUUUUUUUGUUUUUGUACUUUAUUGAUCUAGAUGAUGAUGAUACCAUUUCUUUUCCCAGACAAUAGGGCUCUCCUCCUCGGGGAUGCUAGAAAUGGUCCAUUGUGCAUUAGAUCAUCUUGUAACAUUUAUUAGUUUGCCCUAGGUCUAUUUCUCUGUCACUUUCAUGUGGAAAUCCCAUUGUCUUGGUUUCUCCUCAUAGGUUAUUUGAUUAUUCAUGCACUGUCGUGAUCUUAAUGGUCACAUCCAAUGUGCUUGUUUUAUUGAGAUAAAUGUCGGAAAAAUAUGUAUUUGUUUUGCCA